AGUAUACAUAGGUAUACAUAGACUUUGUUUGAUCAAGCUUUGGAAUUGAAAGCUUACUAUCAGUUAACCUACAGAAACGCCUAAUAUGCAUAAUCUUCUUUCAAUACCUACCUACCUAUAUAUAUAUAUGCUACUUGUCAGAUACUCCGUAGGUAGUGAACAUACAGUAUUUAAUUUCUCACAAUUAUCUUACGUUAGUAGACAUAUAUGUCAACAUACUCAAGAUCUUGGACUAAUGAUGGGAUACACACACGACGGCAGCGCAGCUCCCUACCUAAUAACCAACCAAUGGGGAGAAGAAAACAAGCCAGACUGCGAUAUUGAUGACACGGAUCGCCUCCUAAAUCAAAGAUAUGUCAAAUUGCAAACCGCAGAACCAUUGUCAAGUCAUAUGCUCGCCUUACUGCGGCAAGGCCUGGAAAUUUAUUUCUAUCAGGCAGCAGCAGAAACGAUCCGUAUGCAUUGCAGAAAAAGCCAAUGGGGCGAAGAUUCGACGACACGCUUCUUCUCAAGCCGAGAAUUGCCGCGUGGACACCUUAACAGAGCCUCUAUUAGGGAGUAUGGUACGGGUGGCGUGACAAGUAUCAUCGAUUUUUUCAACAAAUACGCCGCCAUCUACUUUACGGCCCCGGCAAAGGUAGGAAGUUAUGAACAUAAAAAGUUGGGCCGUUAUAUUUUUCAUCGUUGGCUUCAGAUACACAACGAACGGCCACCCUUCCAGCGCCACCAUUAUUUCUCCAAGCCAAUUACAUUCGAGGAAAGCGAUGGGCCGCAAACGAUCGACAAAAUCAAAUCCUUUCACCGGAGUCUCUGUGAUAGUGUAUCUGCUCGACUCGAUGACCCUACCAGCUUCAAAUUCAGACUUGAAUACUGGCCACCCCACAGUAGAGCAAAGAAACCGUGGAAGGAUCAUGGCUACACCUUGGGCCAUCUAUUUCGAGCAGCUUUCAUCGUCGUAGACCCUCUGGUCAUGGCGUACGUGGACUAUGAGGACCGCCCGACUCCUCAAGACAUAAUCGAGAGUGAUAGCAAGAUUGGAAGUGAAAGAACUCAAGAGAAACAUCUUAGCUGGCUUCUACCCCAUUGUACCGUGCUCCUAGUCAAAACAGGAGAAGAUAAACAUCUGAGUUCUCCGAUAGAUUUUCAGUCGCUCAUCAACUCAGGCGUGACGUUAACAGUAAACCGUGAAGAUGUUGGAGAAGGUACCGAAGGGGAAAGUGUCGUCCGCGUGAAGAUCGACGUGGCAAUACAAUUCUUCGUGGACUUGAUGCAGAGAGAGGAAGCGGCUAUACCAAGACUUCGCCAAGCCGCCCAACAUCUUAAAGAAGAACGAGAGGAAGGAUGUCGGCAGUGGGUUGACCGAGUAAUUAAACAUGCGCAGGAAGUUGGAAUCGACAAAAACGGCUAUACUUGGGAGACCAUCCGAUAUGUCCAAGCACGACUGGCUGGGGAGAUAUUUCAUAAGUUACAGGACGUUCGGUUUUGGCACCACCUUUACGCUGACGAUAGGUGAUGUGCUAGAGAAGUUGCGAGUCUAGCACACAGGGGGUUGGCUUUAUGCAAGGGGGUUAUAACUCGCUCAGGUCGUGCCUGCUAUGAUCGGUAGAGGGAAGGAAACCCCUAAGUUGGCCGAAAAUUUGCUCAAACUAUAUCAUUCCGAUACUUUUCCCGCUUUGAAAAGGGCUUUUGUCUUUCACCUUCUCAAACUCCAUGACUCUACAUCAAGAAACAUCUGCCGAUCGCUCAGACGACGGCUUGGCUUCCAUCUGUUAUACUGCAAGCCAACAUCGCUGCAGCCGUCAUCUCAAUUAUGGUUGAGCUACACCGUCCUGAUGACGAUAGACAAGAGACCUAUCAUAGGCC